AGACUGAACGUGCUCCAUGCCCUGCUGCUCGACAGCUUGAGUGCAUUUGUUCCAUGGUGAUUGUUUUAAAGGAUUUUGCCUCCAUCAACAGAAACGUGGAGGGGAUAACCUUUUGGAAUUCAGCCUAGGGCUUCCUCUUUGACGUUUCGCUCGCUCCCGGCGUGCACUCUGAGGAAAGCUUAAUACUUAAUAGGGUUGAUUUAUCCUGAGGAAUUCAGUGCAUAAAGCCUUACUGCUGUCAUAGUGUCAUUCAUGAUGUACAGCUUCAUGGGAGGGGGUCUAUUCUGUGCCAUUGUGGGGAACAUCCUCUUGGUGGUCUCCACAGCUACAGACUACUGGAUGCAGUACCGUCUUUCAGGCAGCUUUGCCCACCAGGGCCUGUGGAGGUACUGCAUGUCUGGCAAGUGCUACAUGCAGACUGACAGCAUUGCUUACUGGAAUGCCACCCGUGCUUUCAUGAUCCUCUCUGCCAUGUCAUGCUUUGCUGGCAUCAUCGCAGGAAUCCUGUCCUUUGCCCACUUCUCAGCAUUUGAGAGGUUCAAUCGCUCGUUUGCUGCUGGGAUCAUGUUCUUUGUUUCAACUCUUUUCGUUCUGCUUGCGAUGGCCAUUUACACUGGUGUGACGGUGAACUUCUUAGGCAAGCGCUUUGGUGACUGGCGGUUCUCUUGGUCGUACAUACUGGGCUGGGUGUCUCUGCUCAUGACUUUCUUUGCAGGUAUAUUCUACAUGUGUGCCUACAGAAUGCAUGAGUGCAGAAGAGUGGCUGGCCCGCGUUAACAUGAGCAAGAAUCAAUGUGCCAUGGGUGCAAAGUGCAUCAGUUCCUGUGCAAAAAU